AUGGCAGGAAAGAAAGCCGCCGGCGAAAACUCCAAGAAGGCAGCUGGCCAGGCUCGCAAAGCCGAAGCUGCCGCGAGCAAGAAAGCAGCCGAGGAUUCCAAGCGUGCAGCCGAGGAGGAUAAGCAGUGGCAGAAGGGAUCCAAGAGCAGCGCGAAGAAGGAAGACGCAGAAGCCAAAAAAGCCGAAGCCGCCCGCAAGAAGGCCGAACGAGAAGCCCUCCUCGCCGCCGAAGAGGCCUCGCAGCCCUCCAAGCCCAAAGGCGGCGGCGCCAAACAGGCUCAGAAGAAAACCCGCGGGCUGGACCUGUCGCAGCUGGAUGACGAGCCUGGCAGCCGCAAGGGCACGGCGCUUAACGCGUCCGGUAUCGAUAAUGCUCUCGACGCGCUGUCGCUGACCAGCAAGGACGGGUCGAAGAUCGACCGCCACCCGGAGCGGCGUUUCAAGGCUGCGUAUGCGGCCUUUGAGGCGCGCCGUCUGCCGGAGAUCGAGCAGGAGAAUCCCGGGCUGCGCAGACAGCAGCGCAUCGAGCUCUGCAAGAAGGAGUUCGAGAAAAGCGAGGAGAACCCGUUCAAUCAGGCGCAUGUGGCGUUCGACGCCAGCCGCGAGGAGAUCGCGGCUCUCAAGGAUGCGGAGCGCAAGAAGGUCGAGGCCAGACUGGGUGGUAGAUAA